CUCACUUAUUGACUUUAUUUGCCUUUGUUACAUGAAGAAAAUGACCAUUCAUUCUUAGACUUUCCUUCAAUAUUUGGAUUUUGUCUUCAUUCCAUUUCUAACCCAAAACCUCCAUUCCAUUACUUAUCUCCAUCGUCAGAGCUAGCUAGAGCAGUACCAGUACUUGAAGAUCAUACAUUAACUCCCAGGGUGAAGAGUUGGAAGAAAAGAAAUGGACGGUGCCAGGGAUCGAAGCACGACAUGGAGUAGCAUUAAGCAACGGCUAGGAUUGAAGGGAAUCGGCUGCUGUGGGGCUACGUGGAGCCCAACAUCUUCGACUCUAACCAUCAUGGAAACUCUCCAAGAAGACGAAGAAGAACACCACAACCACCACCAUCAUCAAGCCGAGCCAGUUGCGGUGGUGGUGGGACCGGUUCCGGGCAUGAACCUGGCGAUGGCAUUAGCGGCGGAGCGCAAUUCCCGGGCGGCAGGAGACGAGGUGGGUCCUACAAGCGUGACUGGGCAGGUGAAGUCGCUGAUGACGUUGAUUGAAGAAACGGACGGUGUGGAUUGGAGCAACAGGAAAAAGAAAGAGAGGGACCACAACAACAAGCGUGGAACUAUAGACGGAAAUGGGGUUGGGACUGGUAAAGCUAAGGGAGGAGAUAUUGAUUGGGUGUGCUGCGUGUGCAUGGAGAGAAGUAAAGGCGCGGCUUUUAUUCCCUGUGGACACACGUUUUGUAGAGUGUGCUCUCGGGAGAUGUUGAUCAAUCGUGGCGCUUGCCCCGUUUGUAACCGUCCGAUCCUUGAGGUCCUUGACAUCUUUUGAGAUCAGAAAAUUGUUCAAUCUUUGCCUAAGACAAAAAUAGUUUUCUUUUGAGCUAUAGCUAUAUUAGCACGUGCGCAUUUGUUCACAAAUUAAUUCAUGUGAGUGAAGACAGAUCAGUAAUUUUUUUAAUUAUUAUUUUUACAUUGUGAAACUCGGAUUUUCAAUAGUGUUGAAAAAGGCCUCUUGAGAACGCGCAAUGAUUGAGUCAUUGAUCAAAAUCAAGCCAAACUUGUUUUCUUUGUGCCCGCUCCGCUCCAAGCAUAAUGUUAUUUUUAAUGCUCCAACAUUCU